AUGUUAAACUUGUCUCCAUCAAGUUAUCAGAACGCUGAUGAUACUGAGCGGACGGUAAACAGAAAGAAGGUCUACUCGAGAAGACCGUGGUAUGCUCCGCCGAUUGACCCUAUAGAAAUAAUAAAGGAGUCUGGAGAUCCGUACAGCUCUGAGUACGGUGACUAUCCUGAAUUUGAAGAAGACCCCGGAGAGUCUGAAGUGCCGCGAGAGAAUAUAUAUUAUAAGCCAGUGGAAAUUGAAGAGCCAGCUACACCCAUCCAGGUAGAAGCAUUAGGACAGGUGGAGUCUUCUUCCCCUAACCUAAGAUUCGAGCAGCCGACGGCCAUCACCACUGUCUCUGAGAUCUCUAUCGCCAAUGCCAUCAAUUUAAGAGAAGCGGCGCUGGUAGCAAUCGGUGGCGCAAGCGCAGCUUUGGUACUUCUUAUAGUCAUGGCGGGAGUCUUCUGCGCGAGACGACGCAAGAACAGCCCCAGCCCUGUCCCGUCUCCGCCUAUCCUGGUUUACCCUCCGCACGACAUCUCCGCGUCAUGCUAUUUGACAAAGGAAGUAAACUUUUCGCUGCCGACGCUACGCUCGUCUUCCCUUGGGGAGCUCCGUGACGUCAGCGUAUCCAGCCUUAAUAGUGACGUGCUAUGCCCGCCUACUACUUCGCAGUACCGGUCCAACUCUUUCACGAAUACAACGGAUCUUGGCGUUUUGGACCCCUCGUUGUAUAAAGCCGAUUGUCUAGUGGAAGACCAGCUAUGGCCAGAGGGGCAUGUCGGUCGCGUAUGGUUCACUUUGAAGUACGAAUCCGGGACUGAGCGACUCCAGGUGCAUAUAUUAAAGGUGAAACAUCUACCCUCCCGUACCCCGGCACUGGCGAAUGCGUGCGACCCAUACAUAAAGAUCCAGUUGAUGCCUGAUGAAAGGAGAGUGCUGCAAACGAAACAAAAAAAGAAGACCUGCAAUCCGUUCUAUGACGAGACAUUUGUUUAUCAAAUUCCACCUGGAAAGUUGGAGACACUAACUCUCAAACUAUCAGUGCUCGACAUUGGGAGAGUGGGGAAGAACAAGCAACUAAUCGGUCACAUCAUAUUGCCGUUAAGUGAAUUGGAAGGGAUUGCUCCAGAUGAGGAACCCCAACUUUAUAAAUUGGAUAUUGAAAAGGAAGUGCAGGAUCCGACGUCGGACUUAGGGGAAAUUCAAGUAUCGCUGCUCUAUAAUGAAAAUCUAAACCGACUCACAGUUACUGUGAUCGAAGCGCGAAAUCUGAAGCUGGAUCCGUCGUCAAGUAAAAAAGAGGUUGUGGCUCGAGUAACCCAAGAGCGGGCUUGUCGAGGAGUGCGAGCACGCAGAACUGCCGCGGUGGAUGUAGCAGACGAUGGUACCGCUCAAAUAUCAGAAUGCUUCCACUUCAGACUGCGACCCGACGAAUUGCACACCACCAGCGUCACCAUACAGGCCUUGCAACCACACUCCGUAUAUGCCAAAGAUCGCCUAUUGGGCAAGUUCGUGCUAGGAUCAUACAUGUUCGCCCGAGGGCGAGCGUUACAGCAUUGGAACUCCGCCAUCUCAAGCCCCAUGGAGCAAGUACAGCAAUGGCACCCCCUUACUAACUAAACCGAUCAUGCCAAACGUUUAAUCG